AUGAGCUCCAACACCCCAGCAUCUGUGCCGGUUCGAAUAGUCCGAGUAUCGAAAACUAGCCCGACCGACGACGAAGACCUCAACAGGCUGAUAAGCCUCUGCACCGCGACUUCACGCUCCAACGCUUUCAUUUGCUGCCUGCUUCGGCAGCCGGACAGCGACACGUCUCACAAGCAGUAUGCACACUUCCACUAUCUGUCCGUGCUCGAGGACAACAAUUCUCGCGUUUUUAUCGCCCAUGGUACGAUAGUUGUGGGUAACAUGGACAAGCAGCGUAGGGCGGCGAUGAAGAGAGAUUUUUAUGGAUGGCUUACCGAGAAACGCGGAAACAAUCCAGUCAUAGCAGGGCUAGACGUCAACCCCGCCCAUCCCAAACAGGAUCAAAUCCACAAACGACUGGUUGCAUUUGCAGUAGCCGAGAUUCGAAAGGAUGAACCUCGAAGCGACAUCAUGGCGCAAGUCGCCACAGAUCUUGAAGCUCUCGAUCAGGUCUGCCCGGAAGCUGAGGGCUGGAAGGGUGUCGAGGGGGUUUUGGGGCUGAGUCCGUUGAUUCUGCGGUCGCUGGGGAAGCAGCAGAGGACGUUGAGAGUGUUGGUGAAUUGGGGGCUAGAUACGAUCCUACCCUCGACAACCAUGUCUAAGCCCAUUUUACCCAAGAAGUUCCUCGACCAGCUCUACGCUCCCGACGAAAAUCCCGUCGAACAGUUUCAGAAAAUGCAAGACCUACAACGCCUCUAA